GGGUUUCUGCUUUGCCUUGAGAGGGUGGUAGGGUUAAGGGUCGUAGUCAUGUCUGGCCGAGGAAAGCAAGGGGGCAAGGUUCGCGCCAAGGCCAAGACCCGCUCGUCCCGGGCGGGGCUGCAGUUCCCGGUGGGCCGCGUCCACCGGCUGCUGCGCAAGGGCAACUACGCGGAGCGGGUGGGGGCGGGCGCGCCCGUCUACCUGGCCGCCGUGCUCGAGUACCUGACGGCCGAGAUCCUGGAGCUGGCGGGCAACGCGGCCCGCGACAACAAGAAGACCCGCAUCAUCCCGCGGCACCUGCAGCUGGCCAUCCGCAACGACGAGGAACUCAACAAGCUGCUGGGCAAGGUCACCAUCGCCCAGGGCGGCGUCCUGCCCAACAUCCAGGCCGUGCUGCUCCCCAAGAAGACCGAGAGCCACCAUAAGGCCAAGGGCAAGUAAGGCCGAGGAGGGACAGGCAAAUUUUCGGGGCCACCUU